AUGCGCAAUACAGAUCAUGAACUCUUCCCCAAUUCGGCCACAAGAGGGCGCCAGUACAUCACAAAUGAGCCACUGGCGAGAAUGCACACAGUCCCGCUGGGUAUUAAGGACAAUACAGUUCGGGUACAGACUGCAGUUUGCCUCUUGCCCCCCGCAGUUCAAGGGAAUAAUUCAUUCUCGGGUACGGGGAAAUUUAGAACACGUUUUACAGGAGGAAAUUAUCUCUCUUUUGGAGAAAAGAGCGAUACGAGUGGUUCCGAGAGAGCAAAGCCACAGUGGAUUUUACUCGAGGUAUUUUCUAGUCCCGAAGAAAGGGACGCGAGCUCUCCGACCCAUAUUAGAUCUGAGAGCAUUAAACAAAUACCUAAGGCGGUACAAGUUCAGAAUGCUCACUCAUUCCACACUCCUGAAACUGUUGCGCCCAGGCGAUUGGUUCACGUCCAUCGACCUGAAGGACGCGUAUUUUCACAUAAAUAUAUAUCCACCCCACAGGAAAUUCCUAAGGUUUGCAUUCCAGGGGGUGGCAUACGAGUACUUGGUUCUCCCCUUCGGACUCUCUCUCAGCCCAAGAGUGUUUGUCAAAUGUACAGAAGCGGCUUUAACCCCGCUAAGAGAGAAAGGCAUUCGUCUCGUUACGUACAUAGACGACUGGCUGGUAGCGGCUCAAUCGGAACAGAGCGCGAGAGAACACACACGGAUGCUGGUGGAGCAUCUACAGAAACUGGGCUUGAAAUUGAACACCGAAAAGAGUGUUUUAAUUCCCACGCAGUCAAUAACAUAUUUGGGUCUGUUACUGGACUCAGUCGCGUUCAGGGCGCGGCUGUCAGAGGAGAGAGUGGGAAAAUUCAUUCAAUGUCUGGCCAUGUUUCGGAGGGAAAACAAUGUUCCCUUUCGUACAUGCCUAAGAUUAUUAGGACUGAUGGCCUCGUCAUUAAUAGUCAUUCCGUUAGGCAGACUAUUUAUGAGGGAAUUCCAGCGCUGGGUUGCUUCACUAAGACUAGACCCCUUACGACACUCUCGGAGGAGAGUGAGGGUUACGUCAGAAGCGGUGCUGGCACUGCGCCAGUGGAGGCACCCAUCCUUUCUGACCAGAGGGACGCAAAUGGGGGUCAUUCAGUCCAGAAAGGUCAUAACGACGGACGCGUCGCUGUCCGGUUGGGGGGGCAUUCACGAGGGCAGAUCAGUGAGCGGGAGAUGGGGCCGACAUCUAUCCAAUCUCCACAUAAAUUAUCUGGAAAUGCUGGCCGUCUUUCUGUCACUGAGACAUUUUCUCCCAUUUUUAAAGGGGCAUCAUGUCCUCGUGAGGACGGACAAUACCACAGUGGUGGCAUACAUAAACCGUCAGGGAGGUCUCAGAUCACUCCCCUUACACACGUUGGCACGCAGACUGAUUUUAUGGGCCAGUGCCAACCUCUUAUCUCUGAGAGCGACGCAUGUACCGGGGGUAACGAACCGGGGUGCAGAUCUGCUUUCCAGGGGCAAUCCUCUGUACGGGGAUUGGGAACUGAACAGGGAAGUGGUCGAUCAGAUCUGGCACAGAUAUGGCACAGCGACAGUGGACCUGUUCGCGUCCUGGGACAAUGCGCAGUGCCCUCGGUUUUUCUCCAUAAAAGAUCGGAACGCACCUCUGGGGAUAGAUGCGUUAGCGCACGAAUGGCCCCGCACUCUCCUUUAUGCGUUUCCUCCGAUAGCAUUAAUACCCCCUGUUCUCGACAGAGUGAGGAUGGAAGGGUUGAGAUUGAUAUUAAUAGCUCCGCGCUGGCCGGGGAAGUGUUGGCUGGCGGAGAUCAUACAUAUGCUAUACGAAGAGCCGUGGUCUCUUCCGAUACGAAGAGAUCUGCUGUCACAGGCAGGGGGAGAGAUUUUUCAUCCACACCCGGAACGCCUGGCACUAUGGGCUUGGCCAGUGAGUGGUUCAACUUGAAUGCAACAGGUUUGCCCGACAGCGUUAUCAGGACCAUUCAAAAUGCUAGAGCAUCCUCUACUAGAUCUUUGUAUGACUGUAAAUGGGGUGUGUUUGAGCGAUGGUGCGCAGAUAAGCACGAAAUUCCCUUUCAGUGUUCAGUGGCAGUAAUACUAUCAUUUCUCCAGAACUUGAUAGAUCAGAGGAAGGCAUUCUCUACGAUAAAAGUGUUCUUAGCUGCCAUAUCAGCAUGUCACAUAGGAUUUGAUGGCAAGACUGUUGGACAACAUCCUCUAGUAUGCCGUUUUAUGAAGGGCGCGCGCCGCGCGUUGCCUGUUUCAAGACCGCUUUCUCCCUCAUGGGAUUUAGAACUGGUACUGGAUUCCCUUUCGGCAGCCCCUUUCGAACCGCUAGACAAAGCUGAUCUUAAGGUGUUAUCGUUUAAAACAGCGCUGCUGUUGGCUCUGGCUUCAGCGAAGCGUGUGAGUGAGAUUCACGCACUUUCUGUGCAUUCUGCAUGUAUGCAAUUUAUGCAGGGGGAUGUGGGGGUUGCGUUGAAACCAAACCCUGCAUUCAUGCCUAAAGUUAUUAAUGCUAUUGCUCCUCUUGAGUUAAGAGCAUUUUAUCCCCCGCCAUUUGCUUCAGUAGAACAGCAGAAAUUAAAUUCCUUAUGCCCGGUGCGCGCGCUGCGUAUGUACGUGAGCAGGACCGAAGGGUUCAGACAGAGUGAUCAGCUGUUUGUUUCUUGGGCUAAACCGCGCUCGGGACAACCAAUAACAAAACAGCGGUUAUCGCACUGGAUUGUGGAUGCCAUUUCACUGGCAUAUUCCAGUAAGGGGCUUACAGCUCCGUCUGGUUUACGUGCACACUCGACCAGAGGAAUGUCGACUUCGUGGGCUCUUUUUAAAGGUGUCACAAUACAGGACAUUUGUGAUGCGGCGAGUUGGUCCUCACCGCACACUUUUGCAAGAUUUUAUAAGCUAGAUGUCACAGCGCAGACACUAGCGCAUGCUGUUUUGAGUGUAGGAUCAUGAAUUCUCACUCGCCCAGUCUAAAUAUGUUUAUUAUUGAUUUGGUUGGCAGGAGAGUUCGAACAGGCUAUCUGGCAAUACGGGAGUUAGGAUAUCCCAUAGUGAGACACCGAAACGUAUGCUUGAAAGAGAACUAUAGGUUACUUGCGUAACCCCGGUUCUCUGAUAGCAUUAAGUGAGGUGUCUCACCAGAUCACCCUCCUUGCUGUGCGAAGCGAGGAAGAGGUGUGCUUGUUUGAAUAAGGAAAUGACGUUGUGCGCCUCAUCUUAUACUGAGGUAGGAGCCACUCCCAGGGCACAAGCGUCAUGCCUGCCAGCCAAUAGCGGCUGGCGUAAUGUAAUAAG